CUCCAGAGCGGGACAUCUAGUUGUUCGGACGUACCUUGAGAUCUUUGAAAUUUUGAAAACACCAGUAUACCACCACUAGCGAGUGAUAAAAUCCAAAAAGAGCGAGUGAAGAACUAGUUUGUGGAGAAGUGAUUGACAUUUGAGUGAAAAUUCGUUGACAAACCGACAGGAUACAAAAUGGUGUCCGGUGGUAUGACCUGUGUCAAGUACCUUUUAUUCCUCUUCAAUCUCAUCUUCGCCAUAACUGGAGUAGUAUUUAUUACAGUGGGUGGAGUGAUCCUCAGUUAUUACAGUGGCUAUCGUAAUUUCCUGGACAAUUGGUUCUUUGCAGCACCAGUUCUUAUGAUCGUCGUUGGCGUUAUCGUCUUCCUGAUAUCGUUCUUCGGUUGCUGUGGAGCUGUCAAGGAAAACCACUGCAUGAUAAUCACCUUCUCAGUUCUUCUGCUGCUGAUCUUCGCCCUGGAAUUGGGUGCAGGCAUUUCGGGGUACAUGAUGCGUAAUGAGGUCGGUAAAAUGCUACUUAGACGCAUGAAUAACUCCAUCUACACUUACCACACCGACAAUGACGUGCAUAAUAUGUGGGACACCCUUCAAGUUGAUUUCAAAUGCUGUGGUAUUAAUGGAACAUCCGAUUGGUGGCCGACGCAGUUCAAAGAACCAAAAUUACCACCAUCUUGUUGCUCCGAGAUAUCAAACACUGCUGAAUGCGAUGUUAAUGCAAUUACUUCGCACAAUGAGGGAUGUCUGAAGAAAGUUACCGACACUAUCGAGAAUAAAGCCUAUAUUUUGGGUGGGGUUGGCAUUGGAGUUGCUCUGAUUCAGCUCAUCGGAGUGAUUUUCGCUUGCUUCUUGGCUCGAUCAAUCCGUCGUGAAUACGAGACUGUGGUUCGUUAACUUUGGACAAAUUGAUUAAUGAAACCACCGCACACUGAUCAGCCAUCAAUUAGGAGGCAUUGAAAAACAAUUAAUUUUCUUUAAAACCAAAAGAGAAAAAAAAAGUCCACGAUAAAUAAAAAAAAUCGAAAAACUUGUGGAGACCAUUUGUUUUUUUUUUUUAACAUUAAUUGUCAACUUCAUGUGCUUUUGAACGUAUGCAGCGAGAACUUAAUGCAGAAUGCGUUAAACAUGAUUCAUUAUAAAAUAAAAUAAACAAUUUAUUCAACAAUGAUAAAACGUAACAAGUUGAUUUAUCGAAAUAUCUCGAUAACAAUUUGAUCUUGAGACGAAAUGAGAUGAAUUAAUCAAUGAAAUUGGACGUUUUACAACAAAAAUAAUGGAUAAAUAAAAGUAAAAUGUUGAAAUUGUUCUCGAGGAAGACGUUAUGCUUGCUAAAUAACUGCCAAUUUGUCUAUUUGCCAAAUAAAACAAAUACAGACAAGCACGAGACGUUGAUAAAUAAACAAAGCCUCAAUUUUUUUAAUCAAUCCUCGAGGAUGAGAUAAUAUCGUGUGACGUUUUAGAACCGCUCUGAUUAAUAAAAGCGGCUUAAUGCGAUAUUUACAAUAAAUAAUCUUGAGUGACUCGAGAUAAACGCUUCUGCAUAUUGAUAAGGGGAGAUUAAUGCAAUUGGAAAAUUAUUAUCAUUGUCACUGGAAUUGUAUGCUAUUGAUGUACAACUAUUUCUCUGUGCCUUAAAUGGAAAUUUAUCAUUGAAUAUAAAGAGUUGAAGAGAAAAAAUCAUCGAAUUGAGAGUUUUUGCUAAAGAAAUCUUAAUUCGAUUAUUUUUCUAUUUGAGAACAGAGAUUAAACAAUUUUAGGAAGUUAUUUCGGGUAAUGGACGUUAAAUUUUAGUUGACAGAUGAAAGUAUUAUUCAUGAUUCAGUAGAGAAGGGGCUUUAUGGAUUGUAAAAUUGAAAAUAAUGUCGUUGUAAUUGUUGUGAAUAAGCGGAAAAGUUGGAAAAAAAGUGUGGGGCCAUUUUUUUGCUGGGGAUUUUUCUCAUAUUUUUUAAUCUAAAUAAAUUAUCUUGGUACAAGUGAUAUCGAAAAAUUGAAAACUUAUCGCAAAAAAGCAAUUAUCAACGAGAUAUUUAUUCAUUGAAUUGACCAAUCACUUCUUCACUACUGAAUUAUUAUUAUUCUUCUUUAAUUAUCAACAGCCGUCCAUUUUUAAUUAGCGACGAGAUACGAACAAAUAAUAUUCGAUUUGUUAGCUUUAUCAUUUGGAGUGUGCCUAAUGAUAGUUACUAUAUAAUUUCAAUUCAAUUAAGCAUUUUAAUGAUAAGAAUUUAGAUGUUUAGAUUAUUAAUUAAUCCACAACAUUAAUUGCUUGUUCAAAAAUGAGGAAAACAAAGGGGGGAAUGAGUGAGGAAUUACGAGUAAUUAGUAAUAGCACAUGUCCAAAGUUUCGCUCCUUGUCAUUAACGAACGAAAAAAAAUUUAUUGAAAAAUUCAUUCCAGUGUUUCUCCAACGCUUUCGUUAUUUUCUAAUCAAUUAUAUUAUCCAAACGAUUGAUUGACCUGACACUAGACAAUCGCAUUGGCAUUAUUAUAUGAAGAUAACAACCAAAGGGGUUUUUUUAAAAAAUCAACUACAAGACAAAAAUGCAACACGUGAAAGACUGAAAAAUCGAAAGAAAAUUUAUUGUAAUCAGUAUUAACUAAAGAAUUAACUGAGGGAAAUGAUAAAAAUGAGAUUUUAAUUGGAAAAUCGGUAAUCGAGAAUUUAGAUUUUGUCAAUUGGCAGACUGAUUCAUAUUUAUGCAUUUUCAUUUAUCUGAAUUACGAAGAAUUAUACAAAAUACAAAUUUUAUUACAACAAUGUCAAAUAACUUUGUAUUACCGAGUAAUUUCUUUAUGAUGUUACUUAUUUUGUGGCAUAUAUUGAUAGGAGCCCAACGACUCGUCUCUAGCACAUAUUUGUCUAGCUUUUAUGGUAUAUAAAUAUAAUAAGUGAAAAUAAACGAGAAAAAUAUACGAUAA